AUGAACAAGGCGAAUAAAAAGUAGAAUGGCUCUUCUGAUUACACAUUAGAAUAAUAUAAGUAACAUUAUCAAGAAUUGCUUUAAUAUUCAAAUAUAAUAGACAACAAAAGUAAAUAGUUAAUUUGUGAAAAAGUGGAAUUAAUUUGCGAAUUUUCAAUUUGGGGAGAUUAAAACAAUUCAGAUUUUUUUGAGUAAUUCUAUUUAAUAAAACUAGUUAUUUUUUUGAAGAAAACAUUGCUGAUAAAUUAUUAAAGAUUAUGAUAAGAUCAAGCUUCAAAGAAAUAAUAAUUGGAAUAAUUUAAAGUUUUGCAAUUUUAUUGUAAUUUAUUAAUCCUAUCAAUUAGAGCUAAUUUGACAAAUAAAGAAAAUGUUAAUUAUCUUCUUUCUCAUCCUGUCAUUUAGGAUUUAAUAAUGUAUAAUUAUGAUUUCACUGAUGAAGAAAUUGUGGACUAUUAUAUAUCAUUAUUAAAAAGUUUAGCAUUAAGAAUAGAUGAAGAUAAUGUACAAUUAUUUUUCAACUAAAGAAUGAGUUUGUUUCCAUUAUUGUGGUAAGCAACAAAGUUUUAUAAUCAUAAAGAAAUAAUGGUUAGAACUGCUGUACGAACUAUAAUACUUGGAAUUAUGAAAAGUAUAUAUAUAUCUUAGAUAAUUUAGUAUAAAAUCCUGUACUUAAAAAAUAUUUGACAAGAUUUCCAUUUAUAUUAUUUUUCGUUCACUUCUCUUGUUAUUUGAAACAUGUAUGGCUUGAGGCAAAUAAAGAAGUUUUAGAAGGUAAUGUUGAUGUCAAAGAGAAAAUGGAUGACUUAGUAGAUGUAUUUUAUUUUCUUAAUGAUAUUUAUGCAUUUUGUCCAGAAAUUUCACAUGUAUAUUAAUUUAUAUUAAAAAUAUUAGAUUUUAGAUAAUUCAUUAUUAACUUAUACAAUAAUUCCAGCAAUGUUAGGAGGCAUAUUAUUUUAGAAAAAAGAAACUUUAUCUAUUUCUUUUACAUUACAUCUUACAAAUCAUUUAAUAAAUAAUUUUAACACAACUAAUUUAUCAAAAAAUAUUAUUUUGUUAUUAUUUAGUCCAUCAUUACAAAAGAAACUAUGUCAUUUACUAGAAUUUAACAUAGGAUAACCUAGAUCUUAUUUAUAUUCAUGGAGUUUUAGAAAUUUUUGGGAUUAACAUUAAGAUGUAUUAGUAAGUUAAGCAAAUCAAUUAUUUGACAUUCAAUCAUAUGCAUUAAAGGAAGAAGCUUGUGAUAAAGAAAUUGAAACAAUAAAUAAAGCUUUAGGUAUUACUGAUAACGAUCAUGUAUUAUUUUAUUGCAAAUAAUUACUAUUAAAUAAUGGAUAAGAAGAGAUGUCUCCAAAUAAAAUUAGAACAAAUUUAAUGAUUUAUUUACAAACAAAAGACGAUAAUUUACUUUUUUUAUUAUUAAAUUUAAUAAAAUCAGUUUUAUUGUUUAAAGAAAAAGACAUAUUAAGAAUUUGUUUAUUUUAAGAGGCAAACACUAAUAUCAUUAUGAAAGAAAGAAAUCAAAUAAUAUAUUAAUUAUUAGAUAUAUUUUUAAUUGAUCCAUCACUUAGAUUAUGCACUAUUAUUUUAACAUGCUAAAUAAUUAUUCAUUUUAUCAAUUUAGAUAAACUUAUAUUAGAAAGAGAAACAAUUAAUAAAUUAUAUGAAGUAUAUCAUUAUACAAUUAUUAAAAUGAAUUAGAUGAUUAAGUAAAAUUAAUAUCAUGAAGUAAUUGUUUCCUAAUAUGAAAUAAUCUAUAACAAAUACAAGUAAGUUAUAUUUAAUAAUAAAAUAGCUAAAAUCUAAAAAUUUUAAAACCUAACCUAGAUUAUUUAGCAUUCUCUCCUAUUAUAGACAAACAUGAUGCUAAUGUAGAUUUAAUGUACAGAUAGCCUGUUGGAUUAAAAGAGGUUGCAAUCAAGGACUUAGCGAUUUUUUUUAUGAUUGAUCUUGUUUUGUAAUUAAUAUAUUAGUAUCCUUAGCUUUUAGAUAAUUAGUCAGGAGAAAAUUAAUUAAAAUCGAAAUUUAUAAGUCUUAUAAAAAAUUAAUAUUACAAACUCUUGGAUUAUUGGGUAGAAUUAUGAACCUCCUGAUGGUUGUUAAUUAUUAUCAUGUAGGAUUUCAGCUAAGACAAUUAAAGAUAAACUUUAACCUUGCACUUCAGGAGAAUGGUAUUAUAAAACCAUAAAUUAGUUUUUGGAUGGAAGAUGAUGAAAACUUUAUCAUAAUGGAAACAUAAAUAGUUAAAAAGGAAUGGGCACACAUUAUAUAUCAUGCUAAAAUAAAAGAUGUAGAAGUCAUGAUAGAUAGAGGAGAACCAAGAAAAUUAAAUGUCAAUAUUAAAAUAUCCUCUAGUAACUCAAUUAAGGUUUUAAUCUUGUUCUAUUAUUUUAGGAAUAAUAUUAAGAUGUAUAAUUGUUAUUUGAUGAUUGUACUUAUGCAUAAAAAACAAAAAAGCAUAUUGACGAUACAAGAAGAUCAAAUUCUAAGAAAUCUUCACAAAUUAUUGAAAACAGACUUACUUAGGGCUUAUAAGUGUGUAAUGAAUACUUUAAAUCGAUCAAGUAAUAGGAGCAAUCAUAAUGA